GGCAGAGGGGUAAAGGGAUGGACAGCUGGGGAAAGAGACUUUAGAACAGAAGACCGAGAGAAAAUACGACUUAAAAACAUAUCUAACUAUCUUUUGAGGGUUGAACAAGUCAAGAGUGAUCUACACAGACCUGUAUGGAUAUUGAAUUCAAGAAGAAAGAGCUAGAACUUUGUGUUUCUCUGCUUGUUAUCCCUCCUCCUGCCUUCUCUGACCUUUAACUCACCGCCCCUGGAGGUGAUGAGCUUUGCGCUCGGCUUCAAGCCUCCGUCGGCGGGCAGUUCUGGGCCCGGUGCUGGCAGAGGAGCCACCAUGGAGAACCUGGAGAAGCAGCUGAUCUGCCCGGUCUGUCUGGAGAUGUUCUCCAAACCCGUGGUCAUCCUGCCCUGCCAGCACAACCUCUGCCGCAAGUGUGCCAACGACAUCUUCCAGUCAGCGAACCCUCUGUGGCAGUCCCGCGGCUCCUCCAGCAUGGCUGUCAGUGGCAGCCGGUUUCGCUGCCCGUCGUGCCGCCAUGAGGUGGUGCUGGACCGCCAUGGAGUCUACGGUCUGCAGAGGAACCUGCUGGUGGAGAACAUCAUAGACCUCUACAGACAGCAGGAGUCCUCCAGGCUUGUGGACAUGAAGCCGGAGCAGCAUCAGCAGCAGCUCAUGUGUGAAGAACACGAAGAGGAGAAGAUCAACAUCUACUGCCUCUCUUGCCAGAUGCCGACCUGCUCCAUGUGCAAAGUGUUCGGGAAACACAAAGACUGCGAUGUCGCGCCGCUCAGCAGCGUCUAUAUGAGGCAGAAGACAGAGCUGAGUGACGGCAUCGCGAUCCUGGUCGCCAGUAACGACCACAUCCAGGAAGUCAUCUGUCAGAUGGAAGCAAUCUGCCACACUAUAGAGGAUAACGGGCAGCGGCAGAGGGAACUGCUGGCCACCCAUUUUGGCGGUCUGGUGGCCAUCUUGGAGGAGCGGAAGCAGGAGCUGGUGGGGCUCAUCACCAAACAACAGGACGACAAACUCAAACACAUUCGCUCUCUCAUGCGUCGGCACGGUGACGACCUGGAGGCCGCAGUAACGCUGGUGGAGUCGGCCAUCCAGUCCAUGGAAGAGCCACACAUGCCUUUGUUUAUACAGAGCGCCAACGUCAUACUGGAAAAAAUGGCAGAGACAGCCAGGGCCUCUAACGCGGAGCUUCCAGAGCUCGGUUAUGAGAGCAUGAGCCACUUUGUCAUCGACACCGACGACCUCGCCGUCAUGCUGAUGAACAUCGACUUCUGCUCCGGUGUGGGGGAUGAUGGAGACGAAGACCCUGAAGACGCUGGAGAAGAGUCAGAACUUGACUUCUUUUCCAGAUAUUAAGACCAAAACAGUCUGAAGUCAGCGGCGGCGGCGGCGGCAGCUCACUGUGUAUCGUACAGAAGGGAUGUGUGAAAAAUCAUCUCUAACAAGACCACUUACGUAAAAAGAGAGCCGCAGAGAGAGUGAAGGAUUCCCCUCAUCCACUCAGGAAAGAGGACAGCAUCAGUGUAUUCAUGCUGACUCAGACAAAAGGCAACAACAACAAGCGUCCUCCUCCGUGCUGUAUUUGUGCGGCGUGGGUACAUUAGGCCCGAGCAGCUGGAGAGUCACUGCUGAUUGUUUAGACGUGGGAUGAUGACACCGAUCUCAUGAUAUUUGGUCUUUUGUUUCUUUACCCGAGGUCCUUUACUGCAGUCCUGAGGGAAAUGUAAAACAGAGACGGAAAUAGAGGUUUACCAUAAUCCUCCGGAAGAAAUCCACACAGUGUUCAAGAGUGAAUUCAGCCACGACGAACAUGGGACAACAAAGACAACAUGGGGAGGAAAAAAACUCCCCAUAAAUGAUCAAAAUCUUACCUUUAUAUACAUUAUCCAUCUGUUUCCUCCUGCAGCAGCCCAGAUGCAGGAGGACUGACUUAGCCAGAUUUUUGCCUCCCACAUUGUUGCCUUUUGUUCAGUAAAAAAAAGCCAGUGUAUUGUGUGUAGAUAUAUCUCUCUAUGUAUAGCUCACAGGAAAUGUAUACAGUGGAUUUAGCACUGCAUUCUGUGUUGUGGGAGGGAAAGUAAAAAGAUUUUGUUCAUGUGUGUCGUCUUCUUCAGGAUUUACAGCCCUGAUAUAGCUUCCUGUCACAAUACUUUGUAAAGGCUUUUUUUGCAUUUAGUCAGUUUCUUAAUUCUUUUCAGACGUUAAGUGAAUGAAAAAGAAAAAAAAACAGGGCGGGGAUUAAAGUCAAUAAGAUAUAAAUGGUUUCUUUGAGAGCAGAGAGAGAGAGAGUUUGCAGCUGAAACUGUCCUUGAACUUCUUGUUUUUUAAUGCAUAAACGCAGGAGAAUGACAAUACAAGUGAGCAGGAUGUACAACUAGAAGAGUGGGCAGAUAAGCCUAUUACUGUAGGUGUUACUGCAAAUGACUUGCCUUCUUUGGGGGGGGUUCUCGAAGACUGCUUGAUGGAUUGUGUGUUGUUGUGUAUGUGAGACAAGGAAGUAAUCCUUCCAUAAUGAACAUUUUAUGAUCAGCCACCUCUGUGGUUAAGGUUUGGGCUACUGGCAGUUCUUGGUUAAACAAUGAGGCUUGUGAUAUUCUGCAUUUCUCUUAUUGUCAACCAAUCGCCUGUGUAUUGUUUGUGUAUCUAAAGCCUGGUAUAUCUUAUUCCUGUGUGUCAUGGAGCUCCAUUGUUGUCCAGAAACUAUUAAAAACGCACCAAUGAGCAACGCUGCUGCAAAAUCUCACUUGAGCACCAAAUGCGUAUUAUUAAUCCAUGGCUGAAAAUAGUCCCUAACAAAUGCACUAUUUAUUCCUGUUUGAGUAACAGUAGCUCUAGGGAGGGCAACGCCGGUCCGUCCACUACUCUGGUUCUGACGGAAAUAUCUCAGCAACUAUUGGAUGGAUUGCCAUCUUUGGUUCAGAUGUUCACAGUUCUCCAAGAUGAUGAAUCCUGUAACGACUCUGGUGAUCGUCGGACUUUUUGGAUUUUAAUCAAAUGUCUCUAAAUAUUGGCUCGAUUGCUCCAGUAUCACGUCAAAGUGUUUAAUACACACUUCAGUCCAUUGUGUCAGUGUGACGUUUUAAACACAUUCUGCGGUCAAGUUAGCACAAAUAAAUACUCAACAUCUGGUUACACUCUCAAAUAAAGCUUGAGGUCGCCGUUUGGUUAGGUUCAGACAAGAAAAAACAGUUGGUGAUGUUUAGAAAAAGAUUGUAAGUUACGUUAUGGAGAUAACUUUAAAAAAAAUCCACAAGACUUUCACCGAGGAGGCUGCUGUAAAUACAUACAGACGUACAGACUUUACUUUCAUACACUUUUAAGACCUAGGCGAGACAAAAUGUGACACUGGCAUGGUAACCCUUAAGGGAUCGGCGGGUUUAUUAGAAAUAAAGUUUGUUUCAGAUAUUCAUCUUCCCCUCUUGAUGUAUUGUAAAAACUUUGGUGAUCACCUUCACUUUUCAUCUAGCACCAUCAUAAGGUAAAGACUUUCUCCAAUACUUUUGAUGAAAUGUCUGUAAAACUAAUGACAUUUGUGCCUCAGUUAUACUUUGUGCUUAGUGCUAAUUACCAAAUGUAAGCAUGCUAAACUAAAAUGGUAAACAUUAUACUUGCUGAACAUCAGCAUGUGAGUAUUAUUUAGUUAGUAUUUUAGCUCAAAGAAUUUAUUUUUCAUGAGAUUUAUUGACAAUAAAGAAACCAAUGUAAUUUUUGUAAUUUUUAUAAGAGCCAUGAGGAACCCUGAGGUAUGUAAGGAGUCAGGUGGUGGAUGUAAGGGCAUUGGGUGUGAUGGACAGGUUGAGGAUAUAAAAGUUGUAUCAGAGGUGAUCUGCUGAUUCACAAAGAGAAGUGGAUGCUUUUUGUCUUUUUUUCCCUCACCUAUAUUUGACACCAGUAUCAGUCAAGGCUCUCUCCACCGGUUCAGAAUGAUUCUUCACUCACACAGAUAAAUGAUCAUGUUUCUUCUGUCCUAGCCAUGGCAUUGAUUUUAAAAAAAAUACUUUUAACUUUUUAGGCUUAGCUCCAAAAUGUAUUAUUGAUCUGUUUCUCUCUCGUGGAACCCAGAUUGGUUGUUUCUAGGUCAAAAUGUAAUUUUUGGCUUUUGUGGUAAGGGGCCAUUUGACUCUGGAACAAAUUCCCAACUAUGCAAGGAUACGUACUUCUAAAUAAAUGUUUUAAUAAGAAGAUACAGUCACAAAAUGCUUUUAAUUCCUAUGUUUCUUUUAAUAUACCGCUUUUAUUUUUCAUAGUUAUGUUUUUAUUUCUUCUGUAGCAUCUUUUAUUCCUGUAAUAACUUUUCUUUUUGUAUCUUCCUGAAACUGCAGUUAUGAUGAUAAUAACUGUUAUGACGCCCGCUGCAGAGGUGUUUGUUUUAUUGUACACUUUGAUAACUCUGAUGUAGUUUGUGGGUUUUGUAAAUACACUAGCUCAUCAUCUGUCAAUAUGUUGUGGUGAUUUGUAAAAAUGUCAUUAAAGCACAACUAUAACAAGUAUUUGAUAAAAGUUAUGAAGAAAAAGUGCAUCUAUGUCUGAUCUGCUGGUAAAGUGUGACACUUGGUAAUGUUCCAAUAGUCUUUUUUGAUUGUGGCCACUGAACAAUAAAUACACCUUAAUCAAUUAAAGCACAAAUAUAUGCUAAAACCA